AUGCUUCCCAGUAUCAAGGCAAAGUUGAUUGAGGAAGUAGUGAAAGAGCGCAAUAAGUACAUUACCAAAGAUGCACCCAGUGGCACAAAAGGCGACGAGCUUGUCCAAGCAGCUGCGGCUACAGUCGGUUUCUUCUCAGAGAUCAGCCAUCAUCGGAAAGAGAAGCCGGUCAAAGGGAAAGUGGCCGACUGCGAGACGGCAGCCGCUACCAAAUCCCCAGGCCUGCCACAGACAUCUGAAGAAGGAACAUGCGGAACACCUGCGGCUCUCACUCCUAAGGGCCAUUCCGAAGCCUUCCUCUACCGCCAUCCGCCUCCAAUCUCUUCUAUCAGCCAGCCAGAUCGGCCCUUAGCAUCGCCAGUCCUCAUCCCACAACGCCGCCCGAACAAACGAGCUCGAGGCUUCACACCCGCCUACGCUCCCAUUCUUGACGACUUCGAUGUUCCAAAGAAUGCAUUCCUCGACUUCAUUAUCACGCUUAAUGCAUCACUUGAGCCGAGCCCCUACCUAAACGCUAUCAAUCUGGCUAGUUUCGCCGGCGAAGCGUCCCCGGAGCCUCUUGUUGGUUUCCUGAUCGGCGAAGCCGUCGAGACAGUCACGGACGCUAUCAUGGAGGCACACAGUCGAAUGAAGUCGAACUAUUUCCUAGAAAUGGUGAAUGAGGGCUUCUUCGCACCAAGGGGGCUAUUUGCGUUUGUGGGGUUAUGGCGGCCGGACGCGAACAAGAACGAGUCGGCUGAAGCAUUGUGCGUCGAAGAAGAUUUUCUCGCGUCACAUCCACAAGUUAGUGUGACAACCGCCAGUGAUAAUACUGCAAAGAGCGAUGCGAUUACUGCAAAGGGUGGAUGGAGGAAGUAUCAACACCAAUUGCAGCGGGCAAUGCUUCCUUCUGGUGGCGACUUCAGUACUAUUGUUCCAGCACCACUACUAUGGCCUUCUAGCGAGGAGAUUGCUGCUGCAAUACCAGGGAAUAAGACUAAGAAGAAGGGUCGAUUCGAUCGAGCCGGCUUGUGGAUGGACGAACACGUCGACAAGCACUCGCAAAUCACCUGGACCCAGGAGAACCCCAAGCAUCCAUUGGCCGGAAGUUUGCCCAAGUCCGAAUUUCGAUCGCGGUACGCAGAUCCGAGUCACGCUGCGAGCAGCGGAGACGUUAUUGCGCUGUUCACUGGUGGACAAUGGCAUACAAAGGAAGACGAGAAGAAGAAAGCAAAAGAGGCACGAAAACAAUUGGAGAAAGAGAGAAAGAAAGAGAAGAAGCUCGAAUAUAAAAGGGAGAAGGCAAGACUGAAACAGCAGAAGUCAAGAGCAGAGGCUAGUGCUGCAAGUGAUAAUGACUCGAAGGGAAAAAACAAUGAUGAUGAGACUGAAGUUGACCAGCGCAAGCGUAGAGCCUCCAAUGACCCGAGAAACUCGAAUGAAGAAUGCAGAGUGAAAGGGAAUAUAAAGAGUGGCUUCAGCAGUCUUCUCGAGGAUAACCUCCUAUACUUGGUCAUUGUACAGCACCCCUCGUUAGCUAGCAGCAAGUAA